AUGGCUCAGACCUCUGGGAAUUCUCAGAGUGAACCGAGUGCGGUCAGCUCAGGCAAGAAUCCAAAUGGAGGAACUCAGCAAGUGGCAGAUAAGACUGAGUCUUGUCCAGUAAUCGACAGCACUGAUCCUCCAGCCCAAGAUGAUGAACAGAAGAAGACAGAUCUGUCACAAGAAAUCCUCACUGAGAACUGUCUCUCAAAGGACAAAUAUGAUGCCUCGUGGUGUCAGGGCUCAUUCACUAAGUCUCUUCAGAGGGCGGAGGCUCUUCUGCGAACACGCUUUAACCCCAACUUGAAGUGGCUUCUGAGGCAAAAGAGUGAUGAUGGCAACUGGGACUAUGAGAAUGAGGACAAUGUUGUUGCAUGCCAAAAUCUGACCUCUCGGUCCUCUGUGCGACUGCAGCGCCUUGAGCAGAAUUUGCUAGCCCUCAGCUCGCAGUACCACAUGCUGCGGGACCCGCAUUCAGGCGGGCAGCUGCAAAGCUGCGUUGGGAGACUCUCCCCUGCAUUGGAUGGUGACUUUUACUACCACCCUCAGGUGGCUGCUUUCAGUAAGCAUUAUGGACAACUGCAGCAAUUGCUGGAGGAGCGAGCACUGCUCCUGUUCUUCCAUGAGUACACUCGACGCUCCUCUGUGGCUGUCAGCUUUGUGGCUAAACUUGGUACGGUGCUGGAGCGGGCACAGUUCUUACUGGCUGCCAGGGGCCAAGCUGUGAAGCAUUGUAACUCUACCUGGAAUCUGGGUCUCAAAAUACUGUGCCAGGAACUACGACUCCAUGUCAGCCACUGGAACUUGCUCUAUGCCAAAGCACGCACAGAUGCCUACCUGCACCGUGUUCUUUUUCAUCGGAUGGAGACCCUUAGCAAUGUAAGGCAGAGUUUGAGGACACUGGGCUUUCAGGCAUUGCUGCUGAUGGAACGGUGCAUUCACACGACCCUCUCUGCAGUUGCUGCUGCUCAGCUUGACCGCAUACCCAGAGAUGCCUUAGAGGACCUUUUGUCCUCUGUGGAACAAUUCAAUCAUGUUGCUGAGGAGCAGAAAGUCCAGCACCAAGACACACAGGUAGUGUUUCUGUUAGGCCAGACAUGGUUAAGCUCAGGCUGGCCCGGAAAAAGCAUCAUGCCAGAACCUUUCUCGGUGACACAGCUGAUGAAGAUCCUGGCUGAACACAGAGCACGUGUUGCAGCUGAACAACUCCACCACUGGGCUGCUCAGCAAGGUGCACUCUUGUCGCUUACAGAGUGCCCCAACCAGCAGUGGGAGCACUUUCUUCUACCUCACCCACAAUCAAAUGUCCCACCCUCAUCUUCCAGUGUUGAACAAGCUAAAGCAGAGAAUGUGCCUGAAAAAAUCCCAGAAGAGCCCCCAAAUGAGCUUUUGCACGUCUGCUGGUCUUCUGACCUUCCUUUUUCAAGAUUCAUCCAUCAAGACCAUGAAUGUCUUGAGAUUCUUUUCCAAGCCUUGGUAAGCUCUACAGACCUUUUGGCACCACAUGUCCUCAAAAGACCCCAUCUUGACAGGGCAGUGACUGUAGGUGCUCCUGGGGAGGGUUGUUACCAGACUAGUGAAGGAGAGGUCAGGCUAACAAACAGGCCGCGUGUCGACCACAGGAUGCACAGAGCUGUCCACUGGAAAGACCUGAGCAAAUCAGUUGCUUGUUUGGAACUUUUUGCUAAAUACAGAAGCAUGGUCUGGAAGGAAUUUAACAAAACAGUCAUCAAGCACUUCUAUCACCCACCUCACUAUAGCUCCCUGGGUAGUGUGAACCAGUGGAACAACCGAAUGGUGUUCCUGUUGGCCACAUGGAUCAGUCAUGCCUGUAAAGAAGAAAACAUCCCGGCAGAAUGCAAGAAAGAGAUGAUUGGCUUCUGCACUCAGAUUUUGACCAAUGCUGCUUUCCUGGCCUGGGAUGAAGCAAUGUGUGCAUCACUGGGCUCAAGCUUAAAGGAUAAAUGUCUUCCUGAAACUGAAAAUGAUGGUUCAGCUGUGAGGACAGCUACCAUGAACCAUAUUCUCCAACUCUUUCCUCCUCUCAUGUGUGUGCUUCAGCAUCUGCAGCAGACCUCAGACUCAAACUCAGGUGAAUGUGAUGCCAGGACUUUCAGGUUCCGUCACAUGGGGUCACUGAGUAGAUCUGUGGCAACCAUUCAGUCCUCCACCUUCUGGAUCAUGAGUAAGGCCUACCAGUUUCUGGCCUCGUGGUCCCUUACUAAAUUCUUGCUGGUCACACAAGGAGAUCUCAAGGCUCUCAAGGCUGCUGUGGAGAGCCUGGCACAGGGAGCAGAGGCAGCGCUCACAGGUGCAGAUCAUUCUCUUAUUACGCAGCAUGCAGCCCAGCUCAGACAGGGUGUUACAGAACUACAGGCUUUUUCAGAGCUGGUUUUGAAGAUUUUCUCCAUGGACUGCAAAAAAAUGUCUGUGGAGAUCUUUGAGCAAACUAUGCCAUCAGGCAGACACUGGAGAGUAAACUGCAAAACAGAAUUACCCAGCAGCCCCAGUGAGUAUGCAGCCAGUGCAGCUCAGAGUGUGAUUGGGCAGGUGCUGGAGGGUGUGCAGCCAUUAUCUGAUGAAGCUCGCAUCCCUGCCCUGACUGAGGCCAUGACCGCCUUCAUGGAAGCCUGGAUGGAGCACAUCCUCAAACAGAAAAUCAAAUUUAGCAUCCAGGGGGCACUGCAGCUGAAGCAGGAUUUUGACCUGAUCAGAGACCUGAUCCGUUCUGAGGAGUACAGCCUUUCGGAGGACCUGCUCCAGAGGCUCCUGUCUCUGCGUGUCUUCCACCAGGUGGACAGUGCCAUUGUAUGCCUUCUCCAGCAGCCUAUGGCCAAACCAUAUAUGCCCUCACGAGUCUGGGAACCUUUCAGACGCUGCUGCCCAAACAGUGCCCAGGUGGUGGACCAGGCAGCAGCUGGGAGCCUCAAUAACCUGGAGAGCAUGGACAUCCAAGCAGCCUGUCACCAGGUCGUGACCCAGGCCGAGGGUUCACUGACCCCUGAGCUGCACUCCACAGCUCCUCCUGAGUCCUACUUGGCACUUGCCCAGCAGGAAUGGCUGGACCUGCGCAUUCAUAGCGGAUCUCGUUGGAAAAUUCCCAGUCUGCAGUGUUUUACCAGGUCUGAGUCCUGAUCAGGACCGAGACCUUUCUGUUUAUUGAUAUUUCAGGAG